GUAGUGACAUCAUCUCCACGCGCCUGUCGAAGCGGCGGUCGCUCUCGUGCACGUUGAUGUUUUUAUAAAUUAGCAGCAAACGGCUCAUCUUUAUUAUCAUCGUCAUCUUCGUCUGGACAGUUUGACUCUGAUCUGAAAUGUCUGUCACCGAAAUGUUCAGUUAUAUCCAGGGCUUCCUGAGCGCUGACCAGGACAUCAGAGAGGAUAUCCGUAAGGUGGUUCAGAUAUUGGAGCAGACUGCCAGAGAAAUAUUAACAGUACUCCAAAGUGUCCACCAACCAUCUGGAUUCAAAGAAAUUCCCACUAAAUGUGCAAAGGCACGUGAGUUGUUCUGCACAGUCAGGACAGAAAUUGCAGACCUCAAAACAAAAUUUCCUGUGGAGCAGUAUUACAGAUUUCAUGAACACUGGAGGUUUGUCCUGCAACGCUUGGCUUUCUUAGCAGCUUUUGUAGUCUACCUGGAGAGUGAAACUCUUGUGACUCGGGAGGAGGUGGCUCAGAUACUUGGCAUUGAGGUGGUGCGAGAGAAAGGCUUUCACCUGGAUGUAGAGGACUACCUGGCAGGUGUGCUGAUCAUGGCUAGUGAACUGUCACGGCUGGCGGUAAACAGUGUCACAGCAGGAGACUACAACCGGCCGCUACGCAUCUCCAACUUCAUCAACGAACUGGACUCAGGCUUCCGUUUGCUCAACCUGAAAAAUGACCCACUGCGAAAGCGCUACGAUGGUCUCAAGUAUGAUGUGAAGAAAAUCGAGGAGGUGGUGUAUGACCUGUCCAUCCGCGGUCUGGCCAAGGAGUCCGAGUCUGCCGGGGACAAGUAGAGGUUGGAGGUGAUGAUUUGCUGUGGGAGAUGGAGGAGGACGCAGAAGCUACCCCGGGCUGGGACCUCUGCACGGCUGCUGCAGAUCAGAGACCUUACCCCACCUGGAAAGCAAGACCCAGGGAUCUUCUUGAAGCCCCAGCAGCCCAGGACAGACUGUGUGUAUGAGUGUGUGUUUGUGUGAAUGCAUGCCUGACAAAUGGUUUAGAUGGAUGACAGUCUGUCAGAGGGGUGGUGGAGAUGGUGAUGUAGUUUGACACCCUUGUUCAGAGGCUUAAGAUCGAAGGUUUGGUUUGUUGCUGGUUUUUGGAAAUAUGUGUUCUCAGCUUCAUCUGAUGCAUCUGUUACUGUUUCCCUGAGUUGGUUUUGUUGGUUCUGUUCCAUCUAGUUUGCAACAGUCAACUUAUCAAAUUAUAGUAAAUUGAUGUUUAAUACAUUCAAGAAGAUAGGCGGAGAUCGCCUAGAAUGCUCUUACCAUGCAGAGCUUACUUUUUGUGGUUGUUUGUGUUUAUUUGCAAAAAGAAAAAAGAAAACGUGACAUGCAUUUGUGUUGUUAACCAGAUAAGUCGACGCCUGCUGGUAUUUCUUAGGGCUCUGAAUUAUUGUCAAAAAAGGGUGCAUCCAAUCAGAAAUCCAGGAGCCUCAUUUAUGAAUGAAAUAUGUGAUGCAUUAAAUCUAGAAUCUAAUAAUCCAAAAAACAGUAACAACCACUGAAUACAUUUUACAGCAUUCUUACCAGAUUUUGAUCAUUUCUGAUGUUCAUUUCUGAUGUCUUGGUUUGGAUUUUGAUCAUUAGCACCCCACCUGGAUACAUUGAAUUUUCAUAAAUGAGGCUCCAGGUGAGGUAGAGCCAAAGAAAUGACAACAAUGCACUUAACAUGAUAUAAAGCUAUUCUGCUAUUUUUAUUUUUCAAUUUUUUUCAACAGCAAGGAACACUUGCAGUACAGUGCCAAUACACUAUGUCUGUUGAGCCAUUUACUUAGAUUGGUGGGUGAUGGGACUCUGGAAAUCCAUGAGUAUACAAAUACAUAAAUGCAAAAUGCAAAUACAGUAUGGUCAGAAUGUCAUGUACUGCAUGUUAUAUGAUUACAAGUUUUUUUUCCACUCAAGAAAAUGUCUAGAUGUUAUGUUUUUAUACUGUUAGCAUACAAGCGUCCGUUUGCCUCUAUAUUGUAGUGGAAUUGAAUUGUAUCUCAUAGUUCACGUUCACACUCAUUUUUGAGUGAUUUUGUUACCUGGAAUAAUAAGUGCAUUCCACUCA